CUGACUUUUUGGAACCCUGCAGUAUCACGGACCCAAGUUUUAGCAGCUGUUUUGGCAAGACCGUGGAGAGUAUUCACACCGUGUGGAGAAAUGGCGUCCCUGGCCUGAAAUCUGUCAGCUCCAUUGAUCCCAUGUUCGUAAAGCGCAUUGGUAUCAAUCAGGAUUUAAAUAAUCCAAUUUCCAUUAAUUUGAAUUUAAAUAAUGUCACCCUUACGGGGUUGAGUGAUAUCAAGGCCAAGGAGUCGAGAUUUGAGACCAAACCCUUGGGUGUCAUGGUCAAGAUGGCCCUAACCAAAUUGGCUGUCAAUGGUGGCUAUGACAUUAGUGGUCAUAUUUUCACACUCCCCGUGGGAGGAAAGGGCAAGGCGACUAUUUCAGUUGAGAGUGCAAUUGCCCGUGUCGGCAUCCUCUUCAAGUUGCGUGAAGAUCGUGGCUACACUUUUACCACCGUCGACGAUCUCCGUUUGGACCUCCAAGAAGUUCGUGGUGUCUACUUGAAUUUGGAUGGUGCCGAUGCCACCCAAGAAAAUAUGAUCCUCAACUCGUAUGGUGAUGCCAUAUUCGAAAUUUUACGUCCCACCCUCAAUGAGGUGUUGAGUAAGCUGUUCAAAGAUCGUUGGACCAAAAUUUUCAAUUAUGUUCCAGCCAAUUUUGUGUUCGAAAAUUUGCCACAAAGCGUUAGCACCUAA